GGCCUCAGGGAGACGGGCGAGCCCGGGCGCGGGAGGAGGCGGCGGCUCGGCUCUGCUCCUUCGGCUGCCCCGCCGCCCAGCUUCCUCCUCGUCUCCGGGUGACCCCCGAGGAGCCCGGUCCCCCAGCCGCCGCGGCCCCGGCCCCGCCGCGCGGGCGCUGGCCCCGCCCCCUGGCCCGGGCUGCUGGGGGUGCCCGUGCGGGCCGGCCCUGGGGGACCCCCGCCGCCGCGGCGGCGCCAUGGCCUCGGAGUCGGUGAAGGUGGUGGUGCGCUGCCGCCCCAUGAACCAGCGGGAGCGGGAGCUGAACUGCCGGCUGGUGGUGACGGUGGACUCCGCUCGCGGCCAGUGCUUCAUCCAGAACCCGGGCGCCGCGGACCAGCCCCCCAAGCAGUUCACCUUCGACGGCGCCUACUACAUGGACCACUUCACCGAGCAGAUUUACAACGAGAUCGCCUACCCGCUGGUGGAGGGCGUAACUGAGGGCUACAACGGCACCAUCUUUGCCUACGGCCAGACGGGCAGCGGGAAGUCCUUCACCAUGCAGGGCCUGCCGGACCCGGCCUGCCAGAGAGGCAUCAUCCCCCGGGCCUUCGAGCACGUUUUCGAGAGCGUCCAGUGUGCAGAGAACACCAAGUUCCUGGUCCGGGCUUCCUACCUGGAGAUCUACAAUGAAGAUGUCCGGGACCUGCUGGGCACAGACGCCAAGCAGAAGCUGGAGCUGAAGGAGCACCCGGAGAAGGGGGUGUACGUGAAGGGGCUGUCCAUGCACACGGUGCACAGCGUGGCCCAGUGCGAGCGCAUCAUGGAGGCGGGCUGGAAGAACCGCGCGGUGGGCUACACCUUGAUGAACAAGGACUCCUCUCGCUCCCACUCCAUCUUCACCAUCAGCAUCGAGAUCUACGCCGUGGACGAGCGGGGCAAGGACCACCUCCGGGCGGGCAAGCUGAACCUGGUGGACUUGGCGGGCAGCGAGCGGCAGUCCAAGACGGGCGCCACGGGGGAGCGGCUCAAGGAGGCCACCAAGAUCAACCUGUCUCUGUCGGCGCUGGGCAACGUCAUCUCGGCGCUGGUGGACGGGCGCUGCAGGCACAUCCCCUACCGGGACUCGAAGCUGACCCGGCUGCUGCAGGACUCGCUGGGCGGCAACACCCGGACGCUGAUGGUGGCCUGCCUGUCGCCCGCCGACAACAACUACGACGAGACGCUCAGCACGCUGCGCUACGCCAACCGCGCCAAGAACAUCCGCAACAAGCCGCGCAUCAACGAGGACCCGAAGGACGCCCUGCUGCGCGAGUACCAGGAGGAGAUCAAGAAGCUCAAGGCCCUCCUGGCGCAGCAGAUGGGCCCCGGCAGACUGUCAGCUCUGCUGAACAGUCAGGUGCCCCCAAGCCCCGUCCAGGUUGAGGAAAAGCCGUUGUCUCCACCGGUGACGCAGCACGACACGGAGGCUGAGAAGCAGCUGAUCCGGGAGGAGUAUGAGCAGCGCCUGGCCCGGCUGAGGGCCGACUACAAGGCGGAGCAGGAGUCCAGGGCCCGGCUGGAGGAGGACAUCACCGCCAUGCGCAACUCGUACGACGUGAAGCUGUCCACGCUGGAGCAGAACCUGCGCAAGGAGACAGAGGCUGUCCUGAAGGCGGAAGUCCUCUACAAGGCUGAGGUCCUGUCCAGGGCUGAGUUUGCCAGCAGUUCGGAGUACUCUCCUCCUUUGGAGUUCAAGAUGGCCGAGAGACCCGAGAUCUACUCCAUGCCUGACCCCCUGCCCGGUGAGGGCUCCUUCAAGGCUCAGGUCUCCUCCGGAUUUGAGGAGCUGCCCAAGCUGGCAGCCUCCAAGUCCGAGGCGUCUCUGGGGUCCGAUGAGUCUUCCACGCUGGGAGAAAACUCGGUCUGCACGGCCUUCUCUGGGCCCGAGGAGCCCUGCGGCCUGGAGUUCUCCGUGCCUGAUUCAGAGGCCCGGGGCCGCUACCUGCUGCCUGACGACGAUGCCGGCAGGGGCGCCGCGGAGCCCCUGCUGGAGGAGGAGCCCCCGCUGAUGGCGCUGGAGCUGUUACCCGGCCUGUACGACCCCUACGCCGAGGUGGCGGCCAAGCUGGCCAGGUUCUCCUCCACGGUGUCCGGGCCGGACGUGCCCCCGGGGGACGUCCCCAAGGUGACCACGCAGCACCCUUCCCUGACAGAGCUGCUGGAGCCCGCUGACCUCGAGUCUGAAGCUGCGGUGGCCGAGGACCUCCCGCCCAGGACUAAAACACAACCAGCCAAGGGGAGCCGGAGGAAGACUUUAAAUCUGCCCACGUUUGUGGAGAGAGAAAGCGACCUGCUGGCCUCUGCGCCUGAUCACUGGGAGGUUGACCUAGGCCCGGGGGCAACGGAGGAGCUGAUGUUGGCGGCAGAGCCCAUCGCGGAAGCCCAGGCUGAAGCGCCGGUGGCCUUGGAGGCUCAGUCCCGGUCUCUAACGGCCGGGGCCGGUGCGAGGAGGGAGGGCGUGGCUGCGCUCGCCGAUGACCUCCUGCCCACCGUGGACCAACAGCAGGUGCUCGCCCGCUUGCAGCUGCUGGAGCAGCAGGUGGUCGGGGGGGAGCAAGCCAAGAACAAGGACCUGAAGGAGAAGCACAGGCGGCGGAAGCGGUACGCGGACGAGCGCAAGAAGCAGCUGGUGGCGGCCCUGCAGAACUCGGACGAGGACAGCGGGGACUGGGUGCUGCUCAACGUCUACGACUCCAUCCAGGAGGAAGUGAGGGCCAAGAGCAAGCUGCUGGAGAAGAUGCAGAGGAAGCUCCGAGCAGCAGAGGUGGAGAUCAAAGAUCUGCAGUCGGAGUUUGAGCUGGAGAAGAUCGAUUACUUGGCCACCAUCCGUCGGCAGGAACGUGACUUUCUGCUCUUCCAGCAGCUCUUGGAGCAGGUGCAGCCCCUGAUUCGCCGGGACUGUAACUAUAGCAACCUGGAGAAGAUCCGACGAGAGUCCUGCUGGGAUGAAGACAAUGGUUUCUGGAAGAUUCCUGAGCCCAUCAUCAUAAAAACCAGCCUCCCAGUAGCAGUUUCAACAGGGCCACAGAACAGACCAGCCCGCAAAGCCUCCGCAGCGGACAACAGCGAGCCAGGCAUGCAGGAGGAGGACCGCUACCGGCUGAUGCUCAGUCGCAGUGACAGUGAGAACAUAGCCAAUAACUACUUCCGGCCCAAGCGGGCCAGCCAGAUCCUCAGCACGGACCCCAUGAAGACCCUGGCACACCACAGUUCACCACCAGGCCUCAGCUCCCCGCUCGGCGGCAGCUCCACCAUCCCUCCCGCCCAGGCCCCCGAAAUGCCCCAGCCUCGGCCCUUCCGCCUCGAGUCCCUCGACAUCCCCUUCACCAAGGCCAAGCGUAAGAAAAGCAAAAGCAGCUUUGGCAGUGAGCCCCUGUGAACACACUGCCUGCUGCCACCCUGCCUUUGGGCUCCCGUGAGACCGCCAGGCCCCCCCAGGGCAGCUCCAGCCAGGCCUCCUGCCGCCUGCCCCCGACAGUGACCGGGGCACCCAAGCGGGCCUGUCCCUGGGAAGGCACACUCCCCUCCCUGCCACCCAGAGAGCCCACUCUGCCCAGGCUGUGAGCCCCUCGGAGCCUGGACCCACGCCACAUCAGUGUUCCCAUCGGCCAGCCGCUGUGCCCGCCAGUGCGGUUCCGUGCCUCCAUGGGAUCAGAGACCUCAGCUCUGCCUCCAGGCCUCCAUUAGCAUCCCAGCAGAGUGUCAGCGACUUCCACGUGGAUCAGACUCAACCUCCUGGCAAACUGAACACUAUUCCUCUGUCCAGUAGGCCCCACUUGGUGGGGAAGCCCUGGGGGGUGGGCCCAGGAGUCCUGGAGCAGCUGUUCCCGGGCUGCCCACUCCCAGCUGGUUUGCGGCUCAGGGGAGGCCAUUCCACAUUAAGCUGCCCUAAUAAACUGCCUUU